AGCUGCAUGAAAUAUGGGAGACGACCGGCCGUUCGUGUGCAGCGCGCCCGGCUGCGGGCAGCGCUUCACCAACGAGGACCACCUGGCGGUUCAUAAGCACAAGCACGAGAUGACAUUGAAGCUGGGGCCGGCGCGCACCGACUCGGUCAUCAUGGCAGACCAGACGCCGACGCCAACGCGCUUCCUGAAGAACUGCGAGGAGGUCGGGCUCUUCCACGAGCUGGCCGGCUCCUUCGAGCACGACUUCAAGAGGGCUGCCGAGGAGGACGAGAGGAAGAGCGCCGCAGCCCUGGACAUGUCGCUGCCUUCCACCCCGGACAUCAAAAUUAAGGAGGAAGAGCCGGUCGAGGUGGACUCGUCGCCUCCGGAGAGCCCCGCAUCGAGCCCGCCGUCGCCCCGGAGCAAGGACAAGGAGGUGGCCUCCAAGCCGGUCAUCGUGCCCACGCCCACCGCGGCCAUCGUGCGGCCGGGCUCGCUGCCGCUGGCCCUGGGCUACGAGGCGCUGCCGCCGCCGGCGCUGCCCUCGCCCACCUCCGUCAUCACCCAGGCGCCCCCGGCCAGCCGCCAGCUCGGCUCUCCCACAGGAUCCCUGCCGCUCGUGGUGCAGCUGGCGAACGGGCAGGCCGUGCCCGUGCUGCCCGGCCCGGCCGUGCAGAUGCCCUCUGUGAUAUCGCUGGCUCGGCCCGUGUCCAUGGUGCCCAACAUUCCCGGCAUUCCCGGGCCGCCCAUCAACAGCAGCGGCUCCAUUUCGCCCUCGGGGCUCCCGGCGCCCUCGGAGGCCAAGAUGAGGCUGAAGGCCACGCUGACGUCCUCCUCGCUGAACGGCGGCACAGCGGCGCCCGCGCGCCCGGAGCGCAGCCCGGGCCUGGGCCAGCAGCCGGACGCGCCGUCGCCGGCGCAGCCGCAGGUGUCCCCGGCGCAGCCGACGGGCGGGCGCCGGCGGCGCGCGGCCGACGAGGACCCGGACGAGCGGCGGCAGCGCUUCCUGGAGCGGAACCGCGCGGCCGCCUCGCGCUGCCGCCAGAAGCGCAAGCUCUGGGUGUCCUCGCUGGAGAAGAAGGCCGAGGAGCUGACGACGCAGAACAUCCAGCUGAGCAACGAGGUGACGCUCCUGAGGAACGAGGUGGCCCAGCUCAAGCAGCUGCUGCUGGCGCACAAGGACUGUCCGGUCACGGCGCUGCAGAAGAAGAGCCAGGGCUACCUGGGUGACGCUGCUGCUCCAGAGCCGGCGCUCCGAAGGAUCCGUGGAGCCGCCCGGAACGCGGUCUCCGCCGCGCGGCUGUAG